GAACACGUGACAGCUGCAGCUGUCACUUUGACAACCGAGACAACCCGUUUUAGGUUAGUUUUUUAAAUAAAAUGCUGUCGCGUGUUUGCCGACAAUUCGUCAGACACAAACAUGCCCCAGACCACUGGUCAGUUGUUCAAAAGAAAAAUCACCCGGUUGACAAAGCUCUAGCGCAUUUCGACGACUUUUACAAGCAAGUUUUUACGAAUAAAUGGGAAUUUAUGAGAGAGGGGCUCCUAGGAAAACAAAAAUAUGUCGCUGUUAUUAAUAAUUACUCUGAUUCUGAGGCCACAAUGGCAAAACUCGAACUCCAGGGUGCCCUCAAUGUGAGAACCCUUUUUAAUCUUCAGAAGGAGUAUAUAAAGGAGAGGAAAGCUAGAAGUGAGAAGAAACGAAAACUUGCGGAAAUUCAUAAGAUUGAUAAAGAAUUAGAUGCAAAAGUAGAUGAAACAAAGCCAGAUCUUUCUUUAGAAGCUAGUUUAGAAAAUGCCGAAAUUGAUGAAAGGCGUCUAGUAGACAGUCGCGAUACUUUAUCUGGAGAAAUUCUUCAUGAGUUUGUUCCAGCAACAAAAAUUAAAGGAAAAGACGAUUUUAUACCAGAAUCUACCCAUUACAAGUUUUACAAAACUGAUAAAUUUGACAUAACGGUCAUACCAGAGUAUGACAUUAAUUUUCCUGAACAUUUAAAUAUUUACUGUUUUGAGGAAAGCAAUAAUAGCGACUUUGAUAAAGCGCGUACUGGUUCAACUGGCGUUUUAAAUUAUUAUCUGAUGGAUGGUGGCUCAAUUUUACCAGUUCUGGCACUAGACAUAAAACCUGGUAAUAAAAUUCUUGAUUUGUGUGCAGCUCCUGGAGGGAAAACACUACUAGCAAUACAAACUCUGUACCCUGAUAGUAUAGUCGCAAAUGACGUAUCUAUGUCGCGCACAAAUCGCCUUUAUAAUAUCGGACGACAGUUUCUUUAUGACUUUAAAGAACGGUGGUUGCAAACAGGAAAGCUCCAAAUCACUAAUAUCGACGGAAGGUAUUUUCCAAAGAACAAUUUUGACAGGAUUUUGGUUGAUGUACCAUGCACAACAGACCGUCAUUCACUUCAUGAAAACGACAAUAACAUUUUUAAGCCGUCCCGUGUCAGAGAACGACUACAAUUACCUGAACUACAGUCUGAAUUAUUAGUUAAUGCUUUAAAACUUGUAAAGAAAGGUGGUAUUGUGGUCUACUCCACUUGUUCACUUAGCCCUAUUCAAAAUGACGGGGUGGUACACAUGGCUUUGAAAAACCUCUGGGAGGAAACCGAAAUUGAUGUGGUCGUCGUGGAUUUGAGUCCAGCUCUGCUUCAAACUCGACAUGUGUUCAAAUUAGCCAGUAAAAAGAUAAUGAAGUAUGGACAUCUUGUUGUACCGUACUUACCCCAAAACUACGGACCCACAUAUUUUUGUAAACUUAAACGAAUAAACUAAAAACUUACACCAA